AUGCGUCGCGAACUCCGAAUUCGGUGGCGGUCCUCCACCUCGAAGUUCGUCGUCGCGUUUUUCGCCGCCCUUUACUGCUGCAGCUGUUCGGCGCGAACCAACGUCAAAGACGACGGGGCUCUGUACCUGUCGCCCAUGAUACGCGACGGCCGGAUCGACGAGGCGCGGGCUGCGUGCAAAGUGCGCCUGGACAACAGCACGGCGGCGGCGGUGGACAGUUGCGCCGGUUACCUGACCGUGGACGAGGCGCUCCUAUCCAACUUGUUCUUCUGGUUCUUCCCCGCCACGAACGGGUCCAGCGGCGCGCCCGUCGUGCUGUGGCUGCAGGGUGGCCCGGGCGCGUCCAGCUUGUUUUCGGUGUUCAACGAGCACGGCCCGUUCACGGUGGACGCGGCAGGCGUUCUACAGACGCGCCGGCACGCGUGGACGUCCACACACUCGGUGCUGUACGUGGAUAAUCCGGUGGGCGUAGGGUACAGCUUCACAGCCGACGAUGCAGGUUACAGCUCCAACCAGACGGACGUCGCCCGGAACCUUUACGCCGCCUUGGUGCAGUUCUUCACGCUGUACCCGGAGUACCGGCAAAACGAGUUCUACGCGGCCGGCGAGUCGUAUGCCGGCAAGUACGUGCCUGCCGUGUCGUACGCCAUCCAUCAGAACAACCCAGGAGCCCAGGUCAAGAUCAAUCUCAAGGGGUUGGCCAUCGGAAACGGGCUCAUCGACCCCAUAAACCAGAUGGUAUACAGCGAAUUUUUGUACCAGAACGGGCUCAUUGACGAGGACGGCAAACGUUUGUUCAAAGUCCAGGAGGACUUGGCCCGAGACCGGAUCGCCAACCAGGACUACAGGGCCGCGUACGCCGCCAUGACCAGGAUGAUGAUCACCACGCCGUCGCUGUACAGCGAGCUGACUGACAUGCAGAACAUCUACAACGUGGUGUGGAACAGGAACCCGAUACCGUUCGAGGGCGGAAACUGGGACCGGUACGUGCAGGGCCCGGUGGCGCGGGCCGCGCUGCACGUGGGCCGACGCCAGUGGUCGUCGGUGGACACAGUUUACGAGCGGAUGAAGUACGACAUACCGAUGUCCGUGGCCCCGUGGCUCGCAGAACUUCUGGAAGACGGCCGGUACCGCGUGCUCCUCUACUCCGGACAGUUGGACGCAAUCGUGCCGUACCGGGGCACGGUGAACGUGGCCAGGGCACUCCGGUGGACGGGCGCCGAGCGGUUCGGGAACGCGACGCGUACCACCUGGUAUCUUGUCGCCAAGGUGGCUGGUUACGCGACUACGUACGGGCCGCUUACUGAGCUGCUGGUCAGGAACGCUGGUCACAUGGUGCCGUACGACCAACCGGCUUGGGCCCACGACAUGAUCAACCGGUUCACUUCAGGCAAGCCAUUUGACUGA